AUGUCCGUCUAUGUAGCGACCCAAGACUUCCCAUUAAGCUCCCACUCGGCACUAACCCUGACGGUCUGGCUCCCUCCGACGUUGGCUCUGACGUCCUCCAUACUACCUUGGACAGGCGCACGCUGUACAGGCGCACGCUGCACGCUGUACACUGCACGCUGUAAUACCCCUGGGCCCUCUCGCGACCGUUGCGCCACAGCCUGGCCCGUUCUACCGGUGGCGCAUCUCCGCUGUCUCCUCCCCUCGCAUAUCGACACAGCUGGCCUCUCUUGUUGA